AUGGUCGCCCGUCCUCUCCGAUUCCCAUCUCUCCCCUUGAUAUGCUUCUCGGGUUCCGGCAUUUCUUUACAACACAAGGACGACCCUCGCGACAGCGGCGAGAGCGCCACAGCCGACGGCCCUACCCGACAUCCCGACACAUCCUGCUCCAGAGACGAAUAUGGCGAUUCUCCCAGCCUCCCGGUUCCCAUUUCCAGCAACGUCCUCCCCCCUCCUUCUGCGUCCUCGACGGGAUCCUUGAUUCGUGUCUCUCUAGCAAGACUACUGUUAAAUGACCAGUUGGAGUUGCAGCGUCUGGGGGAAGCUUGCCGAGAGCACGGUGCUUUCUACCUGGAUCUCCAGAUGACAGAGAUCGGCAACCAUAUUUUGGAAGACGCCGAUAGGCUCUUUUUGCUUGGAGAACAGCUGUUUAAUCUUUCCUCCAGCGAAAAGGAAAAAUACGACAUGUGUAAGUUUGGUGGCUAUUAUGGGUACAAGGGCUAUCAAAAUCGAAUGAGAGACAUGAAAGAAUUUUAUGCGGUUUCAAAAGAUGACAUUCUAUCCAUCCCCUGCCCGAGGAGUGCAGCCAACGCCCGGCCAAUUCUUCCUCAGCCCUCCGCAAUCCAAUCCGCCUGCCCUCACAUUCAUUCGUAUAUCGAAUUAUCCCAUACCAUUGUCACCAUCCUUUUGCGUCACCUAACAGCACUUUUAAAACUUCCCGCUGGCACGCUGGAAAAUCUGCACCGUCAGUCAGCCUGCAGCGGAGAUCAAGUCCGGUGGAUCAAGAUCCAACCAAGCCGCGAAACGCGAGUUAACCGUGGCGAUGAAGUCUUGCUGGACGAGCAUUCGGAUUCCAAUAGUAUCACCGUGCUAUUUAACAGGAAAGGCGGGCUGGAAGUUCGACAACCAUAUCCCCAUGACAAGGAAAUCGGGACAAAUCAGGACGGAGAAUUCGGCCCUCCAAUUCGCUGGAUCAAGGCUGGGCCUCUUCCUGGGCACUGUAUCAUCCAUCUGGGUGAACAGAUUGCAAGGCUAUCCUCUGGCGUCCUCCGCGCCAGCGUGCAUCGCGUUUGCAUCCUCCCUGAGCAGCAACGAGCUGGCCCCCGAUAUUCACUCGUCUAUUUCGCUAGGCCAGAAGACAACGUCAUUUUGCAGCAGCUUGAGGGUGUUGCGGUGGUGCCCCAACCACAUGGCCCUGAUAAACCCGGCGUUGCGGGAGAGACGAGUAAAACCGUUGCGUGGAUCGCUCGUUGGGUAAGAAGGAGCAGGCGACGGCAGCACAAGUAUGAUGGGGAUUGCACCUAG